AUCUCUCUCCUCCUCUCCUCUCUCUCUCACACUCUCUCUCUCUCUCUCUCUCUCUCUCCUCUUUCUCUUAUUCCCAAUCUCCCCUCUCUCUCCCUCACCCUCUCCCUUCCACUCUCCCACCCCCUC